GAGGACGUGGAGGUCGACUUGGCGCGGAAGUCCGAGCUGGAGGACCUGCUGGUGGUGAACGCCUGCGUUGUGUUGCAGGCCGGCUGCCUCGGGCAAGGCGCGGGCGCCUCGCCAGACCAGGGCGCGCUGUGCGAGGCCGUGGUCUCGGCCGUGCGGGGCAUCACCGGCGGCAGCUGCAUCAGCGGAGAGGUGAUGAGCGCCAGCAUCCCUCGGGACGCCACUCGCGACGCUGGCCACAAGGUCGUCCGGCUGGCGCCCACGUUCGAGGACGACAACGUGGCCGAGGAGCCGUUCUCGCCGAUCAGCCCGGAGGUGCAGUCCGAGACGUCCCCGACGGAGCAGCAGGCCAAGGCCCAUGACGCCACUGGGUCGCGCUCGAAGCCCCAGAUCUUCGGCUCCGAGGUCCCCGAGCGGCAGAAGACGGAGG